GCGGCAGUUGAGAGGUCUUCUGAGACGCUGUUCUUCACUGUUCUACCUCGCGCAUUAUGUCCGGCCGCGGCAAGACUGGCGGCAAGGCCCGCGCUAAAGCCAAGUCGCGCUCUUCCCGCGCGGGUCUCCAGUUCCCUGUGGGCCGAGUACAUCGGCUGCUGAGGAAGGGCCAUUACGCCGAGCGAGUGGGCGCCGGCGCGCCGGUUUACCUGGCGGCGGUGCUCGAGUACCUCACCGCUGAGAUUCUGGAGCUGGCGGGCAACGCGGCCCGCGACAACAAGAAGACGCGUAUCAUCCCCCGCCACCUGCAGCUGGCCAUCCGCAACGACGAGGAGCUCAACAAGCUUCUGGGCGGCGUGACGAUCGCUCAAGGGGGCGUCCUGCCCAACAUCCAGGCCGUGCUGCUGCCCAAGAAGACCAGCGCCACCGUGGGGCCGAAGGCGCCGGCGGGCGGCAAGAAGGCCACCCAGGCCUCUCAGGAAUACUGAGGGGUGCCCGCGCUGCGGGCGGCUGCCCAGCCCUCCCUAUGCUAUCACAAAGGCCCUUUUAAGGGCCACCACCGCCCUCACGGAAAGAGCUGAGCCACGUUGGGCCGCUAGGCGUGCGAACCCCAGCGCCCGGCCCCCUCCCCUCGCGUCCCCGCCGCCUCCCACCCUCCCCUCCCCCUCGCCCGCACGGCCUGCCGCGGCGCUAAAGGGCCUUGGUCCUUGUCCUGGCUACCGGGAGGAGGGGUGGGCUGGCGUCCUUCUCGGGCUCGUUCCGGGCCCUUGGGCCGCGGGACUGGGCUGGGGGCGCAGCACCUGCCCUCCUUGGUGAGGGUGACUCAGCCGCCCCCCAUCCUCAGAAUGGCUGGUGGGCUGCGGUCAGGCCACAGCACCUUCUGGAAGACUUGCUUUCCGCGUUGACGUAGGGCAGAGGUGGGCAGCCAAGGCCAAGAAGCCGGCAGCCCUCAAGGUGAGUUCCUCAGUUGCUGCAGCCUGGAUGUAUCAUUUCUUCAGCGUGGUGCUUAGCUCUUGCCAGGACUUUCAGACGUUGACUGUUGAUUUCCAAGYUUUGAGAGAAAUCGAUCACUUGUUUUGGUUUGGUGCCCCCUUUAUGCCAAGUCCCAGGAUUUUCAGUCAUCUCCGUCUUCAUUCAUAGGCCUACGUGGUGUGGCCAGGACAAAUCUUUCCUCCUGAGAUGACUCCUAGGAAGAAGUUUGCUCCAGUUUGGACAUAGAGCUGGUUGUGUGGAUAGCAAUAGAGUUGUUUGUGCGAAAGAGACUGAAAACUGGGCCUGUCGGGCUUAUCAACCCCAUUUCCCUUCCAGCCACUAAACUCGGCAAUCCAAGCACCUAGAUACCAGCACAUGUCAGUUAAUCUGUGGACUGAGCCUCUCUUGGCUUCUGAACUGGAAUUUUGCAGCUAACCCAUCCACGACUAGAACCUUAAGUAUUGGGGAGUUUCAGAUGGUCUAAUUUUGUUUAU